AGCCUCGUCCCCUCGGGGAGCUUGGAGAUGGCGGCUUCCCGGGACGCUUCGCGGGAGCCGGCGGCCUCGGAACCGCCGGCGGAGCUGCCUGCCUCGGUGCGGGCGAGCAUUGAGCGGAAGCGGCAGCGGGCGCUGAUGCUGCGCCAGGCCCGGCUGGCGGCCCGGCCCUAUCCGGCGACAGCGGCGGCGGCGGCUACCGGAGGUGUGGCUAAUGUAAAAGCAGCCCCAAGGAUCAUUGACACAGGAGGAGGCUUCAUUUUGGAAGAGGAAGAAGAAGAACAACGUAUAACUGGAAAAGUUGUCCAUCAACCAGGACCUGUUAUGGAAUUUGAUUAUGCAAUAUGUGAAGAGUGUGGUAAAGAAUUUAUGGAUUCUUACCUUAUGACCCACUUUGAUCUGGCAACUUGUGAUAACUGCAGAGAUGCUGAUGAUAAACACAAGCUCAUAACAAAAACAGAAGCCAAACAAGAGUACCUUCUGAAAGACUGUGAUUUAGAGAAAAGAGAGCCGGCUCUUAAAUUUAUUGUGAAGAAGAAUCCUCAUCAUUCACAAUGGGGUGAUAUGAAACUCUACUUAAAAUUACAGAUUGUGAAGAGGUCUCUUGAAGUUUGGGGUAGUCAGGAAGCAUUAGAAGAAGCAAAGGAAGCUCGACAGGAAAACCGAGAGAAAAUGAAACAGAAGAAGUUUGAUAAGAAAGUAAAAGAAUUACGGCGAGCGAUAAGAAGCAGCGUGUGGAAAAGGGAGACCGUUGCUCAUCAGCAUGAGUAUGGACCAGAGGAAAACCUAGAGGAGGACGUGUAUCGGAAGACUUGUACUGUGUGUGGCCAUGAGCUGACCUAUGAGAAGAUGUGACUUAAGUUAUUCACAGAUGAAUGGGACACUUGUGUAAAUAACGCUUCCGGAAGAAAUAUAUAUGUUACAGCUUCA